UUCCCUCCCCCAAUUAUUAAGAACCCUAAUUUCAAAAUUCCCCCAAAUUGCCAGGUCGAAAGUGAUAGAAAUCUCAAUCGUCAUUACAUAAACUGAGAUCGCGAAGCAGCAAUGCAGAUCCAGGUGAAGUGCAGCUGUUCAGUAUGGGCAAUUGUGGAGCUCCAUGGAAUGAUCGAAAGCCAACCCUCCGUACAGAACCGCCUCCAGAUCGGCGUGCUCUGCCUGCCCGUCUUCUCAGGUUCUCCGCAAUUUUCAUUUUGUCCGUUAACGCUCCUCGGACAAAUUACACAUUGUUGGUCGAAAUCGAAGGCAGCCAUAGUUGUCUCGAAAUCCAAAAAAGAAAGAAAGAAAGGAAGAAAGAAAGAAAACCUAAUUUUGCUGCUCAUAUAUUUUCUUUAAUUUCGUGAAUCGACAAAGGGUCGAUGGUAUCUGGGCAGACAGGGUAAAUUAAAUUCACAGAGAUUGUGCAAAAUCCAGAGCAGACAGAAGAAGAAACGAAAUCAGGGAUUGGGAGAAUUCAAGAAAAUCGAAACCAUGACGCCCCUAUUUAAUGGAAUCCUGUCGGAACCGUUUCGGCGGCUCUCCCGGUGUGCUAGCUACACGUGGCCGUCGCCACUCUGCGUCUUUGUGCGAGCCCACCCUCCAUCGUUCACACCACCCUCGCCACUGCUUAGCCCUUUCAUUUCUCUCUUUAUAUAUAUGUUUUCUGGUGAAUACUUGCUUUACUCUUCAGUUUUCAAAUCGCGCAUUUCUCGAUUGGAGUGGAGAAUUGCGAAAUUGCUUGAUUCUAGUGGUUGCCCCUUGCUGUUGGUGUUGUUGGGUGAGUUUUCUUGGUUUGUGGAGUUGGGAUUUAGAGUUCAUCGGAGUGAAAUUUGGGAAUGGGCUGCGAACACCCUGAUUGGCUUCCCGCUGGUUGGAAAGUUAGAGUGAAGAUUCGAAGCUCUGGGAAGAAAGAUAAGUAUUACAUCAAUCCCGUCGAUGGCCUCAAAUUCAGUUCGAAGCCUGAGGUGCUUCGUUAUCUAGAAAGUUCUACAAAGGAUGAUAACCCCAACGUUCCGAAUAAGUCGUGUGUUGAGGGUGAAGGACAAAUGUCAAUCAGCGACAAUGUGGAUGAAAGUUUAUCGGGCGAUGAGAUGGGAAAGUCAGGUCUGAAACUUGCCACCGAUGUCAAAUACAAUGCGACAAAUGUGGCUAAAGGACAAACGUCAUUAAGCCAGAAAGCCGAUGAAAGUUUUUUGUGCGUCAAUUCGGGAGAGUCAGGAUCGAAAGCGACAUUUGUCAAAACGGGAGAGAGGAGAAGGAGUCUAAGAUUGGUGGCGAAUAAACUGAAAGACCGUGGCAUGGAAGACUCGUCGUUGUCCCAAACAGGAGGUAAUGCUCAGAACACCGUCACCACCACCACCACCGUGCCGAACACGUCGAAAAGAAAGUCGGAAAUCGAGUUGCCUCGGAGAACUUCGAAAAGACUCGCCGGCGUCAAAGUCGAAAUCGAAGCACAUCCUCUUAACCGUAAACCCGCCAAAGCUACUCAUAAAGCCGCAGCAUCGAAUGAGGGAAAAUCCGACGCGGAAAGGAACAACAACAACGACGAUGGUCCGAAAAGGCCCUUGAUUUUCCCCUAAGGAAGAAACGAAAAUGAACAGAAAAUGCCCGAGAUUGACACCACCGAAGUGAAAACCGACAGCGAUAAACAGGAUGGCAAGAACAGCGUCGAAAAUCUGCGGCCGGAUUCAUUGCUGCAACAAAUUUUGUCGGAACCGUGCAUCGAAUUUGCUUACAAGGUUCUGGCCGACAAAAUCUACGUCGAGGAGGUAUUGACGAGAACGGGAUAUUGUCCUAGCCUUGCGUCGCCUAAUCCAGCCUCGGCUUUGACGGCGAAGGUCUUGGACAAUCCAUUUUCAGACAAGACGCCGACUGUCGACAUUCCUACUGGUGCCAGGCCCCGAGGUUCUGCUCCGGCAGCCCCGCGGCGGGG